GGUCUCUGAAGACAGGGAAGAUGCCAGAAGGGGAGAAAACGAGGCAGUGCAAGCAAGAAGAGGAGCAGCAGAAAGAAGAUGAACAGGAGGGUCUUAUUGAAUUCUACAGUUCGUACCAGGAGCUAUUCCAGUUCUUCUGCAGCAACACAACCAUCCAUGGGGCUAUCCGCCUGGUAUGCUCUAAAAAGAAUAAGAUGAAGACAGCCUUCUGGUCCGUUCUCUUCUUUUUCACCUUCGGCUUAAUGUACUGGCAGUUUGGGAUCCUCUACAGGGAGUACUUCAGCUACCCUGUCAAUCUCAACCUCAACCUUAACUCCGACAGGCUGACUUUCCCAGCCGUGACGCUGUGCACCCUCAAUCCAUACAGAUACAGCGCCAUCCGGAAGAAGCUGGAUGAGCUGGACCAAAUCACGCAUCAGACACUGCUAGACCUUUAUGACUACAACAUGUCUCUGGCACGUAGUGACUGGUCCACCCUGUCGACAAGAAAGCGUAGCUCAAGGAGCUUGCUCCAUCACGUCCAGCGCCACCCGCUGCGACGGCAGAAGCGGGAUAACUUAGUCAACAUGCCAGAGAACAGUCCCUCGGUGGACAAGAAUGACUGGAAAAUUGGCUUUGUUCUGUGCAAUGAAAACAACAAGGACUGUUUCCAUCAGGCGUACUCUUCAGGGGUGGAUGCCGUGCGGGAGUGGUACAGCUUUCACUAUAUCAAUAUCCUGGCACAGAUGCCUGAUGCAAAAGCCCUGGAUGAGUCUGACUUUGAGAACUUCAUCUAUUCUUGCCGCUUCAAUGAAGCGACAUGCGACAAGGCGAAUUACACCCACUUCCACCAUCCCUUGUAUGGGAACUGCUACACCUUUAAUGACAACAGCAGCAGCCUGUGGACAUCCUCACUGCCUGGGAUCAAUAAUGGGCUCUCUCUGGUGGUGCGCACGGAACAGAACGAUUUCAUCCCUCUGCUGUCCACGGUGACAGGAGCUAGGGUCAUGGUCCAUGACCAGAACGAGCCAGCCUUCAUGGAUGAUGGGGGUUUCAACGUGCGACCAGGUAUCGAGACCUCCAUCAGCAUGAGAAAGGAGAUGACUGUGCGCCUUGGGGGCAGUUACAGUGAUUGCACAGAGGAUGGCAGCAACGUGCCCGUGCAAAAUCUGUACUCGUCCCGCUACACCGAACAGGUCUGCAUUCGCUCCUGCUUUCAGCUCAACAUGGUAGAGCGCUGUGGCUGUGCAUAUUACUUCUACCCCUUGCCUGCUGGAGCAGAGUACUGUGACUACACAAAGCACGUGGCCUGGGGCUACUGCUAUUACAAACUCCUGGCUGAAUUCAAAGCUGACGUACUGGGCUGUUUCCACAAGUGUCGGAAACCUUGCAAAAUGACAGAAUACCGGCUGUCAGCUGGAUACUCCCGCUGGCCUUCUGCUGUCUCAGAGGACUGGGUUUUUUACGUGCUUUCACAACAAAACAAAUACAAUAUCACAUCCAAGAGGAAUGGUGUUGCCAAAGUGAAUAUAUUUUUUGAGGAGUGGAACUACAAGACCAACGGGGAGUCUCCAGCCUUCACGGUAGUAACUCUGCUGUCCCAGCUUGGGAACCAGUGGAGUCUCUGGUUUGGCUCCUCGGUCCUGUCUGUGAUGGAGCUUGCAGAGCUGGUUCUGGAUUUCCUCGCCAUCACCUUUAUCCUGGCCCUGCGCUGGUUCCGCUCCCGGCAGCC